UACUUUCAUCUCUUCGUAUUCCAUUAUUGACUUUCAGUUUCUCCCCUAGACCCGUCUCUUCCUGGUCAAACAUCUUCUGUUCCAUCUCGGUAGCGUUUAUCUUCUUGCUCUAUUGGGUUGUUUUUGUUUUGUUAGUCGUAGUCUCUUUUAAGCGAAGCUCUGUUGUUGCUUGAGUUCACUGCUAACACUUUGAUAUGGGAUUCGUGGCAUGAUUUUUGCAUCAUCAGAUCCUAUCUGCUUGAGAUCGGUCGGACUUUUCUCUUUUCUUGGGAAAAAUAAAUAAUUCGUUUCUUUUUCUUGUCUUCUGAAGUUUAUUGGGGUUUCAGUUUGUUAUACGGUCAGAAGGCACUGAAAUAUUGGCAAAUCGAGUUUCAUAGAGAAAUAGUGGAAGUUAGCUUGAGAGAUUUAAGUUUGUGGUUGAGUCUUGACAGAGGCUUGUGCAAAUUUUGAGUUCCUGGGGGGCUGACUUUCUGAAAUGAUGUUAGUAUUUGAUGAGAUGGGUCUUUGUGGAGAUAUGGGUUUCUUCUCCGCUCCUAUGGGGGAGUCAGAUGUGGUCCCUGCACAAACUGAACCAGAGGCAACCAUGGAGGAUGAUUAUACCGAUGAGGAGAUUGAUGUUCAUGAGCUUGAAAGGAGAAUGUGGAGGGACAGAAUGCGUCACAAAAGGCUUAAAGAACAAUCUAAGGGUAAGGAGGGAAUUGAUAUAUGUAAGCAGCAUCAGUCGCAAGAGCAGGCAAGGAGGAAGAAGAUGUCCAGGGCUCAAGAUGGGAUCUUGAAAUACAUGUUGAAGAUGAUGGAAGUUUGUAAAGCUCAAGGCUUCGUUUAUGGGAUUAUCCCUGAGAAAGGAAAGCCUGUGACUGGGGCAUCUGACAAUCUUCGAGAAUGGUGGAAGGAUAAGGUCAGGUUUGAUCGGAAUGGUCCAGCUGCUAUAUCCAAGUACCAAGCUGAUAAUUCAAUCACUGGCAAAAAUGAGGGCUGUAAUCCAAUUGGUCCAACUCCUCACACCUUGCAAGAACUACAAGACACCACCCUUGGUUCACUGUUGUCAGCACUCAUGCAACAUUGUGAUCCUCCUCAGAGGCGAUUUCCAUUGGAGAAAGGUGUUUCCCCACCAUGGUGGCCCACCGGAAAUGAGGAAUGGUGGCCUCACUUGGGUUUGCCAAAGGGUCAAGGCCCUCCACCUUACAAGAAGCCUCAUGACCUGAAGAAGGCUUGGAAAGUGGGUGUUCUAACAGCUGUGAUUAAACAUAUGUCCCCAGAUAUUGCCAAGAUUCGAAAGCUUGUGAGGCAAUCGAAGUGCUUGCAGGACAAGAUGACAGCCAAGGAGAGUGCCACAUGGCUUGCAAUCAUCAGCCAGGAGGAGGCCUUGGCUCGAGAGCUGUAUCCUGAAUCCUGCCCCACUUUGUCAUCUGGUGGGGGAAGCAGGUCUUUGGUAAUCAAUGACUGCAAUGAGUAUGAUGUUGAUGGGGUUGAAGAUGAGCCAAACUUUGAUGUCCAAGAGCCUAAACCAGAGAAUUUCACUUCUUCCCAUUUGGGGAUGGAAAGGAUGAGGGAGAGGCUGCCAGUACAGCAACCAUCUUAUCCAAUUAAGGGAGAAGUUGUUACAAACUUUGAUUUUGUUGUUCGGAAAAGGAAGCCAUCAACUGAAAUGGCAAUGGAACACAAGAUCUAUACUUGUGAGUACCUUCAGUGUCCUUACAGCGAACCCCGAUUGGGCUAUCAUGACAGGUCUUCCAGGGAUAAUCACCAAUUGACUUGCCCGUACAGGAACAAUUCUUCAGAAUUUGGAGGGUCCAAUUUUCAUUUGAAUGAUGUAAAACCAGUUAUCUUCCCUCAAACAUUUGCACCGUCCAAGCCAACUGGUCUAUCCUUUAAUUUGGUGCAACCUUCCUUCGAUAUAUCAGGACUUGGAGUUCCAGAAGAUGGACAGAAAAUGAUAAGUGAGCUCAUGUCAAUCUACGAUAACAAUGUCCAAGGCAACCAGAGCAUCACUCCUAGUAAUAAUGCAGCAGUGACAGAAAGUCAAAAUCUGCUUCAGCAAAAAGCUCAACAUCAACAGGACAAUUACUUCCAUGGACAAGGAGUCGUGAUGGAUGGGAACUUGUUUGAAGGAUCCAACAUGACUGAUAAUCAUCAGAUGUUUCUCCGGGAGGAAGGUCAAUUCGACAAGUUUAAGAUAAUGAAUUCUUCAUUCGAGCCCAACCACAACAACAAUAGCUUCCAGUUAAUGUUUGGUACGCCAUUUGAUUUAGGAACCUUCGAUUAUAAAGAAGAUCUACAAGCAGUAGGAAUGGAUAGUCUGCCAAAGCAGGAUUCCUCAAUCUGGUUCUAGUUACAUUGCAAACUUCUCAUCAACAUGGCCUCUUUUUCAGUUGAGAUGUCUCUCUGUAUCCCUCGGUGUUGGGUUCAUACAUUCUAAAUUAGUUAUAUUCUGGAGAUUUUAUUUUAUACACCUUUGGUCUUGAUUAUUAUGUGGUGAAAACUUAGUUUGUCUAAAAGUUGUUGGUAGUUGUAUUAGUUUGUUUGUACCACUAGAAAUAGGAAGUAAGCAAGGGUGAAUUGGGAUUAAUAAAAGGAUUAGAAAGGUCCCAUUCCACAAAAAAAAAAACUUGCCUUACUUUCAUAUAUGAAAUGUCAAAUAAAUAGUGUUGAUCUCCAUUUCUGAAUAUUUAAUAUUUUAUGGGCAGAAGCUAAGUUAUUAUUGGAUGA